AUGAGAUCAGCAGAAACACUGGAUACUCAAUGUACGCUUGUUUCGUUAUCUUUGUUUAGCACGAGAGAUAUCGAUGAAGAUGAAGUGGAAGAACUGUACUGCUCCAUGAAUGUUAGAGGUCGCAAUUCGCGAUACAGACUUCAUUCUGUGUAUGUACGAGGCGUUGAUGGUCUUUCGAUAUAUGAGAUCGAGAAGAUAUUCGCUGAAUUCGAUCCAGAAGUAGUGGAAAUGAUCGAUGAAGCUAGUUGUAAUGUCAUCUGGAGUGAUCGUUAUACUGUUGCUAAAAUGAUGCUGGAGAUGACAAAACCGUUAAAACGAGUGCGCAGUGGUCGACAAGUGGAAGACGGUGAAGUUUCAGAUACUAGUGAGGAAGAAGACGGAGAAAUGCGGGAAGAACAAGGAGAUGAUGUGACCAUCAAUAUAAUCAAAGAAGGAUCCAAUAAGGAUACUGCAGAAGCUGAUGUAAUUGAAGUUGACGUAAAUCAGGUUGAAAUACCACCUGGAAAAUGGCGAGUAAUAACAAAACAUGUUGGACAGAAUAGACUUAUUAUACUGCGUUUUAGUUUAAGAGAAGAUAUAGCAAAAGGUUGCAAACGUAUGAAGAAUGUGCGAAAGGAGAGUACUUCAGUUUAUACAGAUCCAGAUGGCUACAGUUACAAAUGGAUGAAUCGAAAAAAUCGUGUAAGACCUGGAUUGAAUAUUUUUGAUGAUCGAGGUAACGAGUUGGAAUGGGAUUAUGAGCAUGAUACUAGAUUUUAUGAACCGGAAAAAGCGAAAGAGACUAAAGAGAGGUCACCAGCUUCAGAUAUCAAUAAAGCGGCUAAUGUUGAAUCAGAAGAACGCACGUUCAAAGUACGGGGUCGUGGGGUAAAACGUUUUAAAACUAUCGAUGAUUUGCUCUCUGGUAGUGGUUCGUUGGCAGCUGAUCAUGAAGAGCAUACAUUACCUAAAAAAGUAACUAAAAAAGAAAGUUAUGAAAGUGAUGAUGAUGAGAACGAAAGCGAUCUAAGUGAUGAUCGAGAUCCUAGUCCAACACCGCAACCAUGGGAUCUCAAACGAUUUGUCAUAUAUCCUUAA